GCACAUUAGUUAUGCUAUGUGUCAAAACAUAACCUGAAAAUGCGUAAAUCAUAAUGCUAAUCAAAUAUAUAUAAAAAAAUUUACUGUGAUAUUACAAUAAAACAAUGUAUCUAAGCCAUUUACUUUAUUCUUUAACUCUAAAAAAUGGCGUUAAACACUUUUCUAAUCAAGCCACAAAAUUGGGUAGUAAAGUGAACAAAUGUGUUAAAAGAGUGUUAGGACAACCCACUUCCGAUACGCACCCUCAUAUUUUAAAUGAAGGUGAAGUUACACCUAUGAUAACUAAAUUUGAAUACCAAUCAAGAAGAUGUAAAUUUAUGGAUGCUAUUACAAAGUUUACUUUCAAGAAUUGUUUAAAAUCUAAAGAUCACUUAGUUGUUAUACCAGCAGCUUCUAAACAGUAUAUGUCUGAUAAAAUUCCUUAUGUUUUCCGUCAAAAUACAGAAUUUCUCUAUUUAACGGGCUGUUUAGAGCCUGAUUGUUGUGUUGUUCUUACUUCAGACAGUAGUGGUAAUUUCUCCACCACUUUAUUCACUAGAGACAAAGAUGAACACGCCGAACUUUGGGAUGGUCCUAGAACUCAUCCUGAAGACGCUAAUAAUUUCUUUGGAGUAAACGAAAGUUUACCUAUGAGUGAACUUGAUAAAUUUAUAUUUUCUUUCCAGAAAUCCAAAAAAAAUUUAAACUUGUGGUACGAUUUCUUAACGCCUGUUCAGAGAAACGUGCAUUUGAGCGUGAAAAAUUUCAUGGACGAAACUGGUAAUAAACAUUGGGAAAACCCUAAGCCAUUAUUACACAAAUUGAGAUUGUAUAAAAGCCCUUCGGAGAUUGCUUUAAUGCAAAAGGCGUGCGAUAUCACUGCUCAAGCUUUCAUGGAUACAAUAUCUGUAUCUAGACCAGGUAUUGCCGAAAAUCAUUUAUUCGCUAAAUUCGACUACGAAUGUCGUUUAAGGGGUGCUGAAUAUUUAGCUUAUCCCCCAGUAAUCGCAGGAGGUACUAGAGCUACUACUAUACAUUAUAUUAAUAACAACCAAGUGGUAGAUGCUGGGGAAAUGGUACUUAUGGAUGGAGGAUGUGAAUUACAUGGUUAUGCUAGCGAUAUAACACGUACUUGGCCGAUCAGUGGGAAAUUUACAGAAGAGCAACGUCUCAUAUACGAAGUAGUCUAUGACGUUAAUAAAGAACUGAUUGAAAUGUGUAAUAAAUUUCCAUCUCUAGACAUGUUAUUCGAAAGUAUGUGUUAUUUAUUAGGUAAAAGGUUACAGGAAGUUGGAUUAUUAGGUGCCCAACCGUCAAGUCCCUAUUUAAUGAAAGCUGCUUAUCAGUUAUGUCCACAUCACGUCUCUCAUUACCUAGGAAUGGAUAUUCAUGAUACUCCUACUGUUACAAGAAAUAUGCAAGUAGAACCUGGAAUGAUCAUAACUAUUGAACCAGGAAUCUAUAUAAAUGAAAAUAACAAAUUACUGCCUAAAAAAUAUCGUGGUAUCGGUGUACGGAUAGAAGACGAUGUUUUAAUAACCGUAAAUGGUCCAGUUGUACUAAGUAGAAAAUGUCCCAAAUAUAUUGACGAUAUUGAAAGAUUAUCAAGUGAAAACCAGUGAAUUUCCAUAUGUAAAGGUCAAUUUUUGUAAAUAUAAUGUAUUGAAACUUU